AUUCAAUAUAAAUAAGAGGGCGAAAGCUUAUUUUUAAAACUAAAAUUAAUGUUUCAACGAGAAAUUUAAAGCAGAAUUUUCCUAAUUAAUCAUAUUAAAGUAAUUUCCAAUUUUUUAAAUACUUAAUUAGUACACAUGUCAACAGACGAAGAGAUUGCUCGUAAACUCCAAGAAGAGUUUGAUAGAGAAAACGAAAUAGCGUUACGGCAGGUUGAGGAAGAUAGUAGAUUUGCCGCUAGUUUAAUGGAUAAGAAAGCAUCUAGUAAAAGGAAAUGGCCGUCAGAGGCUGAUCUUUUUGGCGAUUCAGAGGAAGAGGACAGUCCUAAUAAGAAACCGAGCCUGACUCGUCAGGAGACUAAUCAUUCAAUAUCAAGCAGUAACGAAGAGUCAGAGAAAGAUGAUGGAUAUGCUAAAAAAGAAUGCCCCUAUGGUAGUAACUGUUAUCGUAAAAAUCCAAAGCAUUUCCUUGAAUUUACCCAUUCUAAAGGAAGUUUCUCGGAAAGUCUAAACGAUAAGUGGAAUAGGUCAUCCCCCUUUAACUUCUUUCUAACAAAAGCCAAGGGAAUAGACAAUAAAUAUAACGCAAAUCAAUCUGUCCAUAUAAAAGAAAUCCUUUCCGAAUCUUUUGGAGAACUUGUUCAAUCGGCUCAAUUUAAUUAUAAGAUCGAUGUUGAUUGGUUAGUUCAAUGCUAUCCUGAAAGUUUUAGGUCGAAACCUUUAUUGAUUGUACAUGGUUUUAAAGGAAGAGAGAAGCAGGAUUUGGAAUCUGAGGCAGCCAAAUACGAUCAUAUAGGAUUCUGUCAAGCCAGAUUGGAUAUUGCUUACGGUACUCAUCAUUCGAAGAUGAUGCUUUUGAAAUAUACGGAUGGAAUUAGAGUGGUUAUUCAUACAGCCAAUUUAGUUCACGGUGAUUGGCAUCAAAAGACCCAAGGAGUUUGGAUAAGUCCUCUUUUCCCCAUAUUACUUGGUCAAGGAUCUGGGGAAUCGGACACAAAGUUUAGGAAAGAUUUAAUUGAUUAUUUGACAGCGUACAACCAUCCCAAGUUAAGAUCAUGGAUAGAAAUGAUAAAAACUCACGAUUUUUCAGAUUGCAGAGUACAUUUAGUGGCGUCAGUUCCUGGUCGUCAUACAGAUAUAUCCAAAGAUAAAUGGGGUCAUUUAAAAUUACGUAAACUUUUAAAACAAGUUGAACCAAGUUGCAAACAGUGGCCAAUUGUUGGUCAAUUUUCAAGUAUAGGAUCACUGGGCGCAAAAAGUGAAGACUGGCUUUGCUCCGAGUGGUUGUCUAGUCUUUCUACAAUGGGACAAACUCUUGUAGAAAAAUCACAACUACGUUUGGUGUUUCCUUCUGUUGAUAAUGUCCGAUUAAGUUUAGAGGGUUAUCCGGCUGGCGGUUCGUUGCCAUAUAGCAUUCAUACUGCUAAGAAACAGACCUAUCUACAUUCUUUCCUUCAUGUCUGGAAGUCCGAUAGAAAUGGUAGAACCCAAGCCUCGCCGCAUAUAAAAACUUAUAUGAGAAUGUCGCCUGAUGGUGAAAAUCUAGCUUGGUUUGCCUGCACUAGCGCUAACUUAUCAAAAGCUGCUUGGGGAGUUUUAGAGAAAAAAGGAUACCAAUUGAUGAUAAGGUCUUACGAAAUCGGUGUUCUAUUUUUGCCAAAAUCCUUUAGUAAGGAAGUUUUUAAGAUUAAGGAUGAUAAUUUUCUCGUCCCUUUUGAUUUACCUCCCACACCAUAUGAAAAAUCAGAUCACCCCUGGAUAUGGGAUAUUCCGCACGUUAACAAACCAGACACGCACGGUAUGAAAUGGUGUCCGAAUUAA